CCAGACUUAAAGGCUUUAGAGGGGAAUCAUUCAGUUGAGUGCAGAACCUGGGUUUCCUUGUCAGUCCUGUAUGUCAGCUGGCUUGAAUGCGACCUGCAGAAUCAGAGUCUCGACAAACAGUGGCCCACAUCUGUUACCGGCAAAUAACUUCUCCCGACAGCCAGUGUCUGAUAUCAACCAGUGCAAGAUGAGUGAUCCUUGGCAGGAGUGCAUGGACCACUGUGUGCAGGUCACCAAACAGGCUGGAAAGAUGAUCCAUGAGGCACUCCAGAAGGACAUUGCCAUCAUGCAGAAGAGCUCACCAGUUGACCUCGUGACCGAGACGGACCAGAAAGUGGAACAGCUCAUUAUAUCCUCCAUCAAGGAAAAGUACCCCACUCACAGCUUUAUAGGUGAGGAGUCCGUAGCAGCAGGAGCCCCCAGUGUCCUAACCGACAAUCCCACUUGGAUCAUUGACCCCAUCGACGGCACCACCAACUUCGUCCACAGGUUCCCAUUCGUGUCUGUGUCAAUCGGCUUCACUGUCAACAAAGAGAUAGAGUUCGGCAUUGUCUACAGCUGCAUCGAGGACAAAUUGUAUACAGCACGGAAAGGGAAAGGAGCCUUCUGCAACGGCCUGCCGAUUAAAGUGUCUGGACAAGACGACAUCAGCAAGUCUCUGGUACUGACAGAAAUGGGUUUCAAGAAGAAUCCAGAAGUUUUCAAAACUAUGAUGGACAACAUGAAGAAGAUCCUCACUAUCCCUGUUCAUGGAAUCCGCUCUCCGGGCAGCGCCGCCGUCAACAUGUGUCUGGUGGCGUGUGGCUCAGCUGACGCAUACUAUCACAUGGGCAUCCACUGCUGGGACAUGGCUGGCGGGGCGGCAGUUGUUACAGAAGCUGGAGGAGUUAUCAUGGAUAUUUCGGGCGGUCCAUUUGAUCUGAUGUCUCGGAGGCUGAUUGUCGCCAGCAGCAGAGCCAUAGCGGAACGGAUUGUGAAAGAAAUAACGCCGUUUCCUGUUGGUAGAGAUGAUACUGCAGCCUAACCCACCCCCCCAUCCAGCCUUGACACAUAAUGUACCGUAUUUAAACACUGCUUUUAUGUGUGACAGUGGUUGGUUGCACCAGCUAUACCUAAGGUUUUCUCUUCAGUAUUUUUAAUGUAGGUAGUUUAGUGUAAAACUGUGUCUAUAUUUGGUUGCACCUCUUCAGACCUGAGGUGCAACCAAACAAAAUGUUGUCACAUAAAUGAUGUUUUUAUUGUGACCAGUUAGUGAAAGGCAGUGUAGCCUUUAUGCUGGUUUUUAAUGAAGUUUGGAAGUCAUUGUAUCUGACAUGGGUCGAAGAACUGCCAAGAAAUAUACAAGAUAGAUAGAUAGAUAGAUAGAUAGAUAGAUAGAUAGAUAGAUAGAUAGAUAGAUAGAUAGAUAGAUAGAUAGAUAGAUAGAUAGAUCCCACAGUGAGCAAUUCCAGCAUCAUGAUGAUCAUCGUACAGUAUAAAAAAUGGGACCAAUAGCCCUGUAUCUCACCGUCAUGUUCUAUCAAGCAUCAAUAAUAACUUGAGUUUUUGAGGUUGUCAAAAUCAUAAAAAAUAAAAAAAAUCUAAAUUUCUCCAAACUGAGCUAACUUUGUAGACGUUGUGCCGAGGAAGCUACAUAUAAAAUCUGAAAUGAAUCCGACUACCGGUUUCAGAGAAGAAGCUUUAAAUCUAGACAUUGGUGACCUUGAGUUUGGUCCUUCAAGGUCACUCAAGGAAGACAUGAUCACCACAGUAAUAUAAGAGAAGAAGAAUAAGAGUUUGACCCUUCAAGGUCACUCAGUGUCAAAGGUCAUGGACCCAAAUGAAACUCCAUAUAUGACUUCCUAUCAGUGCUCAGUAGUAAUAAUAUUGAUAUUUGUAACCAUUUCCAUGUUAUAAACCAUCAAAAUAUGGUCCAUUAUAAGUGAAGGCAAAUUUUGAACCAUAUCAAAUUUUAUUUAUACAGUGCCAAAAUAUACAAACGUUAUCUCAUGACACUUUACAUAUAGAGCCGGUUGGAACCAAACUCUGAAGCCAAUUUACAGAAACCCAACAGAAUCCUCCAGGAGCAAACACUUGAAAUAUUUCAAAGAUUCGUCAAAAAUUCAAAACUCAGAGUAUCUCAAAACUGUGAACAAGCUUUGUAGAUAUUGUCUCAAGGAAAUUGCAUAAAAUGUUUUAAAAUUAAUCCAACCAGUAGUUUCGUCAGAGAAGAUGUUUGACGAAAUUGCAAAUGAAGACGACGCCGGAUGCUUUCACUACAUAAAAACUAUAAAAUGGGUUUAAAAACGUUAAAAGAGUUCAACUUCCACAGCGGGUGGAUUUUUUGUUGGCCUCUUCUGACUCUGCAAUAGUAUGAUACCAGAGUUUCAACAAAGCCAGGUGACAUGCAGAGGAGCGACGAAUAAAAUAACGUAAAAGACAGAACGAGACAAAGUGAUGAAAAAAAUGCAACUCGCUGAAAAUGACAAAUCAGAGAAAUGUUGUAACAAGACAAAAAUGAGGACAUAAAACGAACACAGACAAAUACAAAAUGACGUGUGACAAGAUAAAA